AUGCACGCCAAGCUACCAUCCCUCCUCUUCCUCUCCUCUCUCCCCUCCUUCACCCUCGCCGAGGAUGUUUUAGGCCUGUACAUUUUCCACCGUCAUGGAGACCGUACCGCCAAGGCUUGGAAGCCCGUCAACUUCACUGCUCUCGGAGCCGACGAGGUCCAUUCUUCCGGAUCCUGGUACCGCGAUACUUAUGUGAGCCAAGAUGCGCCCCGAAAGAUCUCCGGCCUCAGCUCAGAGUCCGUGGCUCUAUCUCAAUUGGAUGUAACCUCGCCCGUGGACGCCGUCCUCCAAAGCUCAGCUCUCGUCUUUCUUCAGGGUCUUUACCCUCCCACCCAGCAGACUGAGACUCUCGCCAAUGGAUCCAAGAUUGAGGCUCCUCUGAGCGGAUACCAGUACAUCCCAAUUGCUUCUGUUGAGACUGCUGCUAGCGAUAAGCACUCCGAGAGCAACGCUUGGCUCCAGGGCAACAGCGGCUGCACCAACGCUGAGGCCAGCUCAAAUGCCUACCUCUCUUCUUCCGAGUAUGAUCAGAUCUACAAGGACACUGAAGACUUCUACCAGAGCCUUCUUCCCGUGAUUAAGAAGACCUACGGCAAGGAUGAGGCCAACUUCCGAAAUGCCUACACGAUCUUUGAUCUUAUUAAUGUUGCACGCAUCCACAACUCCAGCAUUCCCUCUGACGAUCUUCUCAAGGAGUCCACUUUGGACAAGCUCUACAACCUCGCCUCUAUUCACGAGUGGAACCUUGCCUAUAACAGCAGCGAGCCUGUCCGUGCCAUUGCUGGCUCCGUUCUCGGUGGCCAGAUCAUCGAGGCUCUUGAGCCCCUCGCCGAGGGCAAGAAAGCGCCCAAGGUGAACAUCCAGUUUGGUGCCUACGCUGCAUUCAUGGCUUUCUUCGGCCUGGCUGGUCUCGACAAGGCCAGCUCUGAUUUCAUGGGCAUCGUUGACUACGCUUCAUCCAUGGCUUUUGAGCUCGUUACAAACGCUACCAACCCUACCGUUGACGAUGUCAGUGUCCGCUUCUACUUCGCCAACGGUACCGCUGCCGAGAACACCCCCAAGAUUUUCCCUCUCUUUGGAGAUGACUCUACCACCAUCUCCUGGAAGGACUUUAAGGCUGGAAUGUCCGAGUUUGCUAUCGAGGACACCAAGCACUGGUGCAAGCUCUGUGGAAACACUGACGGCACUUGCGCCAGCAGCAGCUCAGAUGACGACGAUGACUCAGCUUCUUCCAGUUCUAACUCUGGCGGCUCAAGUGACGGUGUUUCUAAGCCUGUCGCCGGUGUAAUUGGAGCUCUCGUCACGUUGGUAGUCAUUAUUGGUAUCCAAGCAGCCGUUCUCCUGUUUGGUGGCUUGCGCCUCGUCAAGAAGUCGACUCUUGCUCCUGCUGAUGCUUCGGCACCUGUUAUGGUCAAGGCUUAA